AUGCUUUACUCCACCCCUCAAAGGUUAGGACUUGCCCUCCUAGGCCUCGAGCUUUCGACUGCAACCCCCCUCUCAAAACGUUUCUCCAACGGCGACUUUGCGACGGGUGAGACUGACCCCGAUGUGAGCACGGCCUGCACAUACUGGGCGAACUCUAUCUCGUCUAGCGAUACCUGCGCCGACCUUGAGAGCUACUAUGGGCUUACAAUUGCGCAGCUUGUGUCUUGGAACCCCUCCCUGUCCUCAACCGAAUGUACUCUGAACGAAGGAUGGAGCUAUUGCGUCGAGUCGACAGACGCAGUCAAGCCCAUCACAACAACUAGCACUACGUCCAAGACAACAGCGACAGUGACCACUACAACAGCGGCCUCGACGUCGACCACAGCCACAGCAUCGGCUACGACAACGUCAUCUGCAAGCAGCCCAUCCCCUACACAGACCGGGCUGAUCUCCUCCUGCAACGCCUACUACUAUGUGGAAAAGGGCGACUACUGCCAGGGCAUCGUGGACUCCUUCGCGAACUUCACCUUGCCGCAGUUCUACGCGUGGAAUCCCGCCGUCCAAGACGACUGCUCGGGCCUGCAGGCAGGGUACUACGUCUGCGUUGGCGUCACCGGAUCAUCCGAGCCCUCUGCAACAUCUACCACCCUGACUACGACAACCAAGGAGUCAAGCACAGCAGUGCCAACCUCCACAAGCCCCUACGAGCCGCAGCAAACCGGCCUCGCCUCCAACUGUACGCGUGCGUUGCAAUUGACCACACCGGCUAACCGUCGCAAUUGCUGCGCUGUAGGCAAUGAGUACUACUUCGUUGAGUCUGGCGAUACCUGCGCCGAGAUAGCUAGCGAUAACAGCAUUGCACUGUCCAGUUUCUACGCGUGGAAUCCGGCGGUGGGGUCGUCGUGCUCUGGUCUCCAGGCGGGCUAUUAUGUCUGUGUUGGGGUUGCUGGCACCACCUCCACCUCCACCUCCACGGCCACAACAACAACAAAAUCACCCUCCACCACCGCCAGCACCACCACAGGAACAGGAACAGCAACAGCCCCCUCCCCUACCCAAUCCGGCCUCACCCCCUCCUGCACAACAUACUACAAGGCCGUCUCCGGCGACAGCUGCUGGAGCAUCACAAACGAAAAAUACAGCUACCUAGCCGGAACCAGCCUCUUCUACGACUGGAACCCAGCCGUGGGCUCGGACUGCGCCAACCUGCAAGCCGGGUACUACUACUGCGUUGCGACGGAAGACCAGGGCCCCAUGCCAGACACAGAUUCCUCCUGCAGCGCGUGGCAUCUCGUCGCGAGCGGCGAUAGCUGCUGGUCUAUUGAGCAGGAGUAUGGAGUGUCCGCGGCGGACUUUGGCGAGUGGAACCCGUAUGUUGGGGAGGAGUGUAAGGCGCUCUGGUUGGGGUAUUUUGUUUGCGUGGGGGCUUAG